AUGCGAUACAGGGUUGACAUAUAUACAGACAAAAAAACGAUGGCAGAAAGAAUUGUUUCUCACGACAACGAUGCGAACGAUGAAUGUCUGUGUGCCAACGACGAGGCACCCGAUAAUAAUCAUCCGGAGAAGCAAUCCGAAGUCGACGCAGCUGAUGAAAGCGACGCAGCCGAUGCUACCGACGAUGACGGUAACGAAGAACAGUCCAACGAUGAAGGAGCGGAAACCGCCAGCAACAGAUCCGACGACGAUGAGAAGAAUAAUGACAAUGAUAACGAAGAACGGGGGGCAUCUACCCCGAGAUUGCGAAAACAACUGCCGCGAAAACCGUAUUCGUUUCGUGAUGUCGAAGAAAGCAUCGAAUCUUUCGGAGCCGAAGAUGGUCAAGAUGUUAAGUUAUGGAUGAAACAAUUUGAGUCUAUCUCAAAUAUAGCGCGUUGGAACGACGAAGAAAAGCUGAUCAUGUGCCGCAAAAAGUUAACGAAUACAGCAAGACGAUUUGUAUUUGCGCAACGAAACUUUAGUUCAUUUGUCAGUCUGAAAAACGCUUUAAUGGCAGAGUUCUCCCCGGUUAUACGAGCGAGUGACGUACACCGUAAACUGGCAGCACGAAAAAAGAAUUCGAUCGAGUCCAUUCACGACUACAUAUACGAAAUGCAGCGAAUCGCUCUGCCAAUACAGCUGGAUGAACCAAGCAUAUGCGAAUACGUGAUUGAUGGAAUUACCGACGAUGAAUUUUAUCGGGCUAUCCUAUACGAAGCGCAGACCAUUAAGCACUUGAAAGAAAAGCUGUUAAACUAUGAGAAAGUGCAAAGGAAAUCCUAUAAGAAAUCCCGAUCAGAUGAUGGGCACCUUAAGCGGAAGGAACAACGGAAAUUGGAGCAGAAAAAGGAGAGCGAAUGUCCGCAGAAAAGUAACGGGCCGAAAUGUUUUAACUGUAACACGUAUGGGCAUCUGUCAAAGGAGUGUCAGAAAAAAAACGACAAAAAGUCUAAUAAAAAGCAGACAGCAACGGUUAACGUUCUGAAAACAGUAAACAAUUUGAAGCCGUAUGUAAACGUUCAAAUACAUGAUUUGGACAUCCGUGCUUUUGUUGAUACUGGUAGCGAACUGUCUCUGGUACGACUAGAUUUGUGGUUAAAGUUCGAAAAAAGCGGCGAAAAGUUACAAAAAUCUGGCCAGAAAGUCCGUGGCUACGGCGGUGAUGUUAGCGUUGUGUGUGGUGAAGCUAUUUUGAGAAUGCUAAUCGAAAAUGAUGAGUACGAAAUUCGUGUUUAUGUUGUCCCGAAUAGUGCUAUCGAUAUGCCAAUGAUAAUCGGAAUGGAUUACCUUCAACGUGUCGACUAUGCUAUCACGCCGAGUGGUGUCCGUAUUACAAAACUAUCGGUUGAAGAUUCUGUGACGGAUGCGUGUGAUGAGAAGUGGAUUGGUCUCAUUGAAGAAUAUAUGAAUGCAAACGAGAUAACUGUACCGUACCAAUAUCGCGAUCAGAUUAUGCAACUUAUUGAAAAUUAUAAACCAGCAACCAAAGUGAAGGCGACAAAUGAAUUACAAAUCAGAUUAACAAACAACGAUAUAGUGUGUGAGAAUCCGCGACGUCUCGCACCACUUGAAAAGGAUGUUGUGAAGAAACAGGUAGAUGAAUGGCUACGAGACGGAAUAAUCCAGCCAUCUGAUAGCGAAUAUGCUAGUGCAAUUGUAGUCGUUCCGAAAAAAGACGGUUCACGUCGCGUUUGUGUUGAUUAUCGUGAAAUCAAUAAAAGGAUGCUCCGUGAUAAGUUCCCUAUGCCGAAUUUGGAGGAACAAAUUGAUAAGUUGUCUAAUGCCCGUAUAUUCACUACGCUGGACUUGAAAAGUUCGUAUUUUCACGUACCUAUUGAGCGUAACAGUCAGAAGUAUACAUCGUUUGUGACCAGCGAAGGCCAAUAUGAAUUCCUGCGUGCUCCCUUCGGUCUAUGCACCAGUAGAAACGCAUUCGGUAGAUUUAUCAAUACAGUAUUGAAAGAUUUGAUUAAAGAUGGCAAAGUGAUUGUUUUUGUGGAUGAUAUAAUUAUCCCUUCCAAAGAUGAAGAUGAAGGGUUAAAAAUAUUGAAUGAAGUUCUAGAAGUCGCUGAAGCGGCUGGCUUGCAGUUUAAUUGGGGUAAAUGUGUCUUUUUACAACGUCGUGUUGAAUACCUAGGAUACACGGUAUACGACGGUCGAAUAGAACCAGCACCGGAUAAAGUCGAGAAGUUAAAACAAUUCCCGCAACCGAGAACCACGAAACAGUUACAACGUUUUUACGGAUUGGUAUGUUACGAAAAGGGAGUUGUUUUGAAUUCAAUGAAGAAGCUGUAG